ACCAGUAGUGCAGGACGCAUUCGCUCAGCCUUAACGCAACAUGUCGUCUGCUCUUCAAGAUGCCCCCGGGUUCGUGGUUGUGGAUUAUGUAUUGUUUGCCUGUGUUAUUGUAAUUUCCAUCGGAAUCGGUAUAUUUCAUGCAUGUGUCGGAGGGAAACAGAAAACUGGACUGGAGUACCACUUGGGGAACCGGAACAUAAAGACGCUCCCUCUCAUCCUCUCCAUGCUGGUCACCACGCAGUCGUCCAUCUUGAUGCUCGGUAUCCCCGCCGAGACCUAUCUGUAUGGAGGCGUUAUUCUAUUUUCAUCCUUUGGUUUCUUUCUAUCGUACUUGAUUGGAGCAAGGAUUGUGGUCCCAAUGCUUUACCCCCUCAAGUUAACAACAGUAAACGAGUAUUACCAGCUGCGGUACAAGGGCAAGGCCGUGAGACUAUUUAUAGCAAUAUGUAUGAUACUUUUAAACGGAAUAUACGCGGGCAUCGUGGUGAUGGGACAGGCGGUUGCUAUGGAAGGCGUGACCCGUAUCCCCAAAUGGGCCUCAAUACUAGCCGUAUCGUCUGCUGCCGUUCUGUACACAUCUAUCGGAGGAAUCAAGGCGGUGAUAUGGACGGACGUUUUCCAGUGCUUUGUCAUGUUGUUCGGAAUAAUAUCGGUCACCAUUAAGGGUACGAUAGACGCCGGAGGGUCUGCCUAUGUUUGGGAGGUGAAUACAGCUUCAGACAGACUAAACGUAUUCAAUUUUGACCCUGACCCAUUAGUCCAGUACACGGUGUGGAGUCUCAUCAUUGGUGGAACAUUUAAACUGUUUUUCGUAGUAGUCAAACAGAGUGCCAUCCAGCGCAUGAGUUCCUGUCAAACACAACGAGAGGCGACAACCGUGUACCUAUUAUCUGGCCCCGCCUUCCUGUUGACAAUGAGUCUCGCCUGUGGGGAAGGAUUGGUAGCCUACGCCUACUUCACAUCAAAGGGAUGUGACCCCCUCGAAUCUAAAAUAGUGCCCAACCCCAACCAAUUACUGCCCUACAUGGUGGUCGACAUAUUUCGGGACUAUCCGGGUAUGUCCGGGAUGUUCCUGGCUGCCGUCGUGUCUGCAUCAUUAAGCUCUGUGUCCUCCAGCUUGGCCAGCAUGUCCUCGAUUACCCACGAGGACUUCAUCAAACCACACUUUCCUCGUCUGUCGGACGCGACCAUCACUCGUCUAUCCAAAUGUUCAGUUGUGGUGUACGGAAUCAUAGGAAUAGGUAUUGCAUUCAUGGUGGCAGAAUUCCCAGGGUCAGUUUUCAAGGUAGCGUCCAGUAUGCUCUCCGUGUUUGGAGUACCAGUUGUCGGCGUAUUCCUCUACUCCAUAUUUUUUCCGUCCGCCACACAAAUCGGAGCGAUACUCGGGGGAGUGUUGAGCUCAUGUUUGAUGUUUUGGAUUAAUUUAGGCAGUGCAUUCAACAAAAAGGCUCACCCCGCCCUCGAGCCGGCCCCUACUGACCAGUGUUGGAACAAUACGCUGGUCAACGUUACAUCACCGGCAGUUAGUGACGUCAUAGUAAAGGAACGGCCAGAGGGGUUGGAUGCCCUCUACUCCCUUUCUAAUCACUGGUUCGAUGCCGUUGGACUCUGCUGUCUUUUACUGGUGGCAAGUCUGGUGAGCUGUAUUGUAGGUCGUAGAAAGCUAGAGGAUUCGGACAGUCGUUACUUGUAUAGUUUUGGGGAGAGAACGUGUCCAUGUCUGCCAGACUCUGUCAGACGAAUCGUAUGCUGUGGGAACAAGAUAGAAGACAAGAGACGCCAGGAGGUCGAAUACACAGAGACUGAUGCCGAGACUGAACAAGGGUCGAUAUACAAAGAUAACAAUUCAGAAAAUACAAAAGUAUGAGGAUGGAAGUAAGGAAAUAAUGCGUUACAAUGAUUAUAUUGGUGAUGCCUUUCUUGAUGGUGGUGCUUCGUUUUGUAGUCACUUGUAUGACGAUGGAUGCUUAUUUACACAGUCGCUACCAUACUUACUCUUCCGCCGAAGGAUGCAACUUUAACGAUCACAUUUAUUGUUGAUAAAUGUUUUUAACAAAUGUUGCAACAUGAUCAAGUUAAUUUAUGUAUUAUGUAAUUCGUCACUAACACACUUAAGUAUUAUUUGUUAAGGAAAACACUUGCGCAUGUGAACAGUACGAUCGUGCCAUCUGUAUAAAGUAAACUGAAGUAUUUCUCGUAUAACAGCAAUUCAUCUAGACUACCGGAUGUCAUCGAUUUGUUCCACCCAAUCAAUAUUACUCACAUGUCGUCCUUAUCUAGAUCAAUGAGAUCUAAGUUGUAUAACUUUUUAACUUACUGAAAACUAUUGCAUAUACAGAACUAAUAAGUUUCAUUAGCCAAUAAAAACUAAUUCCUACAAUCGCAUUGGUUGACUUUUAUUCUCGAUAAUCAAACUUAACGAUAGUAGAUAUGCUGAAGAUCUUAAUUUAGAUUUACACUUAAGAUUGCUAAUGACUUUCCCAAGUUUAUCAGUAAUAGUGUAGAUGUGCUGUAGAGCUAAAUUUAGAUUUACACAAAGUUUCAAGUGAUCCCAGUUAUUUUCACGUUUAGCCCCAAUAAUCAAUAGCUGGGCCUAUUACGGAAAUCCGAAACCAAGAUAUCUUCGAUUUAUCUUCGAUGUUAAGUUUUAAAAAAAUAUUUGUCUCAUGAGACACUUUCUAAAUUUCCAACUGUCAGUACGUGUUGCAGAGUGAUCGAGGGAUUAUGAUCCUGGAUUUUUUCCUGGACUAUUUCUCAGAUGGUGUCGGGUAGAUUUUUGACAAAUACCACAAGCAAGAUUUCAUACGAUUCCUAAUUACAUUUUACUUUUUGGGAAGAUUGUCAACAGGUGGUUGUUAGGGUUAUACUAUAGGCAUUUCUGCGGUUCCGAUUAGCAACAUAACAGUAACAGAUGACCGUCAAGAAUAUUGAUAAAGAUUUCUCCAUCAGUGUCUUAGAAAGAAUGAGCGGUAUCUGUCUGAAAACAGAUCAAGAUUCAAUAAAAAAAAUCGAUCUAUAAA